AGAGUGGGACGGGACGGAUAGCUCAGGGUCUGAACCUGGUCCGUACUCAGUAGUACUAGAACACAAACACGCUAGAUCCAUAGUAUUUUCAAGUUUCAACAGAAAUUCCAGCAGUGCAGUGAGCAGUCUAGUAGUGUAGGAUCCAGUGUACGCACACACAGAGAAAUUAUUAAAAAAUGGUGCUCGAGGGAGGAGAACUUGCUGCAGCUGUUAUAUUUGGAAUUAUAGCAUGUGUGCUUGGUUUAGGCCUGCUACUAUUCUUAUUUCGUCUAUGGAUGCAGGGACCUAAGUGUAGGAGUAAAGUAAAAUUGGACGGGAAGAUUGCAGUGAUUACAGGGGCGAAUACGGGGAUUGGUAAAAUCUGUGCACUAGACCUGAGCAGACGAGGGGCAAAGGUUGUUAUUCUUUGCAGGAGCACUGAGAGGGGUGAGGCGGCCGCCGAGGAAAUUAGAAAGGAGACAAAGGGUGAGGUUAUUGUCCACAAGCUGGAUCUUGCGAGUCUUAAAAGUGUGCGCGCCUGCGCGGAGCAGCUUGGGAACUCCCUUGAGAAGAUUGAUAUUCUGUUGAACAACGCCGGGGUGAUGACCUGCCCGGAGAUGAGAACGGAGGAAGGUUUUGAGAUGCAGAUCGGGACAAACCAUUUCGGACACUUCCUUCUCACCAACCUUCUGAUGCCCCUGCUGAAGAAAGCUGCACCUGGAGCUAGAAUUGUAAAUGUGAGCUCCCUGGCUCACGAGCAAGGACGGAUGAAUUUUGACGAUAUCAAUUUUGAGAAAACGCCUUAUAACGCAAUUACAGCUUACGGACAGUCCAAACUUGCAAAUGUCCUGUUUACCCGUGAGCUAGCAAGGAAGGGCGAAGGUUCUGGUGUCAACGCCUACUCCCUUCAUCCUGGCGUUAUAAAUACCGAGCUAGGACGUCACUUGAAGGAUACCUACGGGGCCUGUGCUGGAUAUAUGCUCAUGUGUUUUGCUCCUCUCUUGAAAACCCCUGAAGCAGGUGCACAAACUAGUAUAUUCUGUUGUGUAGAUGAGAGUAUAGCUGAGGAUAACGGAAAGUACUACAGUGAUUGUAGAGAGAAGACUGCAGCUGCUGCUGGGAGGAGUGAUGAAGACGCAAAGAAGCUCUGGGAGAUUAGUGAGAAGCUUACAAAUCUUCAACAAGUAUGAAUCUCAACUCUAACUAAAUCCCUCGAAAAAUCACGGAAAACUGAAAUAAACAUUUGAUCUAGCGUUCGAAUAAAGUUGCUGAAAUAAAACCGACUCUGAUUAUGAAACCAACAAUUGUUCUGUUCUAGAUUUAACCAAGCGUGGAGUUUUAUAGCUCUACACCAGGCCUAAACACAACCUUUAUCAACUUACUUUAUGUAAAACAAUGAUCCUUGAAACUGUGUUUACUAUUUACCAAUCUGACUCAUAAACAUAAACCAAAUAA